AUGGCUCACUUCCUUUCCGAAUCUCUAUCAAUUAUUGCCCUUUCCUUGGUGCUCAACACUAUUGCGGAAAGUAUUUUGAAUAUGGAAACAACUGAAUCUUUGAAACAAAAGGAUUCAUCUUUUCCGAAUCUCUCAGAAACUGAUUCAGAAGAGGAAGAGAGAAAAGCAAAGGAAGAAAUGGAAAAGAUAAACAAAGAAUUGACCUCACUAAGUAAAGAAGAGCAGAAACGCAUUAAAAACCUGGAAUGCGAAGCCUCCCGCUAUUUGUGGUACCCAGACCACGAGUCAAUGAACAAUAUCCGAUGCCGUUGCUGUCCGAAAUGCUGUUUCAAAACAAUCAGUAACGCACUCGAACAUUUAAAGACAAAGAAACAUAGGAGACUAGCUCGACGGUAUGUUAUUGAUCAUUGCACAGACAAGAAAAAGAUAGAAGAGCGAAGAAAUAGCAAUUAUGAACGAUUGCAAAGAUGGAUCGAAAAGAAGAAACUUCGGAGAAGCGCGAAAAGAAAAGAGAAACUGAAAAAUCUCACUCCAGAACAGAUCGCUCUUCGAAAGGAAAAGUUCCAACAAAAGAAAGCUCGAAGGAUGGAGAGAAAAAAGGCAGCAGAAUCAAAGUAGUCGGGAAAUGGUUUGGUUACUUAU